UGGAAGUAACUAGUCUGUCCAUGGCAUGUUUUUAAAGCCGCAGUGAAUAUACAGUGAUGGAUGGCACAAUGGAACUUAAAGAUGAUGCAAAAGAUCUUAUGGUGAUUUAUGAAGAAAAUGGAAAAGAGUGGGCCACUUAUAUGAAAGAUAUUCUUACAUCACAUUUACAAUCUGACAGAAUACUUCUUUAUAAUAUGGACUUUGAAGAAGAAGACAUACUUGAACAUCUUACAUUUUCCAGAUACAGAUGCAAACUGCUGGUGCUCACAAAUUAUCUUCUGGAGUCCUUGAAUGAAGAGAAAAGCAGAGUUUUAUUUCAACUUCUUCAUCCCUCAUGUAGCACAGUCAUUCUGCUUUGUGGGGUUCACAGCUUGGAAGGCUUCUAUGAAUCUGUUCCUCUAGAUAAAGACUCCCAUGUGAUUUUUACUGAUCAGGAUCAAGAUUAUAUAUCUGUUUUGUCCAGUAUUAUGGAUAAAGGUUGUUACGACACAAGUGACUAUAGUCAUGAAAGCACUUCAAGUGAAGAUACUGGUCUGGAAAACAGGGAAUUUGUACAAAUACCAAAAAUACUAAUGCCAUUUCCUUUAGUUUUACCCCAAAGGAUACUGUGUGAGAAUCCUGGAGAAAUAUGUAUCAUUCUAGCGGAUGAAAUACCAAAGAAUUCAGCUAUAGAGAUUGAAUUCUGUACAGAACAUCGGCAUGUUACCAGAAGGUACGCUACACAGAGGAAUGAAAAGGUUUUAAGUGUAAAGGCUCCAGACUUCCCUGCUGGACCAGUAACUAUCAAUAUAUGGUAUGGGAAUACUAAUAAAGCCUCUAUGGAGAUUGAGUACUAUACAGCCACUAGAGAAAUUAAACAUCUGCUCAUGAAAGUGAUGGAUCCGAUAGCAUUUAUUUGCCAGGCAUUUGAUGUAUAUUCCAUAGAAGAACUUGAUAUGGUUUUGACGAAGUCAUUGCAGAGAAAGAUGUUUUCUCGUGAAUUUAACCUUUAUGAAAUUAGCCAACAUACAAACAACGGAAGUUGUGAAGAAGUUCCAACACUUCUUCACUGUGCAGCAAAAUACGGACUCAAAGAGGUCACACUUCUAUUAAUGCAAUGCCAAGGAGCCGAUCUAAUUUCCAGAAUAACCAAUAAGUACGGAGAUGAUCCAGCUGCAAUAGCUGAGAAACACGGUCACACACAUAUUCAGAAAAUUAUCCAGCAAUUUUCAAGAUUAAAAGGCACUGAGGAUGAUAUACAGGUGGAAAACUUGGAAGAACAACCUCAAGAUGUUUAUGUGGGCAUGGGACCAUGUGUUGAGGGGUUUUGUGAAGACAGACCCCAGGAAAACCUCAUUAAUGGAAGUAAAGACGUUUCACAAGGAAAUCCUGUUGGAGACAUAAAAGAUAAACAUGAGCUACAACACUUACAUCAUAAUGGUUCCGAUGAACACCUAGAACAAAUUUCUAAGUAUGUUGGAAACCCAGUAUUUUUCUUGAAAAAUGAGGAUCUGCCUGAUGUUGUGCAAGGUGAGAAGUACAUCACAGACACAGAUGCUGAUCCGCUUUGGGUUAAUAUUGACAAGUAG